AUGAAGCUCUCUGCGUUUGUAGCACAGCUUGCGCUGUCGUCUCUGGCGGCGGCGGCAGCUAUUCGGGGUAAUCGCUUCGGCCCAUUCAAAGUCAUUUCAGAUGUUGAGCAACGUGAUGCGCACCAAGAUGUCGUGACCUGGGAUGCGCACUCCCUCUUCAUCCGCGGUGAGCGCGCCAUGAUUUACUCUGGCGAGUUCCAUCCCUUCAGACUACCGGUACCCAGCCUGUGGCUAGACGUGUUUCAAAAAAUCAAGGCCCUCGGUUUUAACACGGUCUCGUUUUACGUCGACUGGGCACUACUGGAAGCCAAAGAAGGCGAGUAUCGCGCCGAAGGCAUCUUUGACCUGGAUCCCUUCUUCAAGGCCGCAGAGACUGCUGGCAUUUUCCUGAUUGCCCGUCCUGGUCCUUACAUCAACGCCGAGGUCUCUGGCGGUGGCUUUCCUGGACGUCUCCAACGUCUCGCUGGCCAGCUGCGAACCAAAUCGCCCGACUUUUUGAAUGCGACCGAAAACUACAUGAGCAACAUUGUCCCGCUCAUUGCCAAAUACCAAAUCACAAAUGGCGGCCCCGUCAUUCUCUACCAGGCCGAAAAUGAAUACAGUGCAUCCAACGGCAAGGUUCCGUUCCCUGACGGCGAAUAUAUGCAAGAUGUCAUUGACCAGGCACGCCGCCUUGGCAUUGUGGUUCCCAUCGUAAACAAUGAUGCCAGUAAGGAUGGCCACAACCGCCCUGGUACUGGUGCUGGUGCGGUCGACAUAUACGGUUACGACGCAUAUCCUCUGGGAUUUGACUGCUCCAACCCUACCUAUUGGCGCAGCGAUGCCCUUCCGGUUGACUAUCACGAGGUUCAUAUGAGAAACAGCCCCAAUACCCCGUUCCUCAUCAACGAGUUUGGCGGUGGUUCCUACGACCCCUACGGCGGUGUCGGUUAUGACAAAUGCGCUGCCCUUACCAACCACGAGUACGAGCGCGUUUUCAACAAGGACACUCUUGCUGGUGGUAUCGGUAUCCUCAGCGUCUACAUGAUUUUUGGUGGUACCAACUGGGGCAACUUGGGUCACUCCAAAGGAUACACCUCGUACGACUACGGCUCUGCCAUCCGUGAGGAUCGUUACCUCGACAGAGAGAAGUAUUCCGAGCUCAAGCUCGAGGCGCACUUCAACAGAGCCUCUCCCAGCUACCUCCUGACCACACCUGGUGCUCUGAGCACUACUGCCUACACGGACAACCCCAAUAUUGCCGUGACUCCGCUGCAGUCCAAUGGCACUGGAGACUUUUACGUCGUCCGUCACUCUGACUACCAGCUUACUGCUUCUGCAUCUUACAAACUGCACUUGCCCACCUCCAACGGCACCCUCACCGUGCCCCAGACUGGUGGAAGCCUCACCCUUCCUGGCCGCGACACCAAGAUCCACGUCACUGAUUACCCUGUCGGUAACUACACCAUGCACUACUGCACCGCAGAGAUCUUCACCUGGCAAAAGACUGGCGAUCAGACCAUUCUCGUCCUAUAUGGUGGUCUGGGCGAAUUCCACGAACUGGCCUUCCAAGAGUCGCACAAGGUGACCCAGGUUGAAGGCAACAAGGUCCAAACCUCUGCUUCCUACGUCAAUACUGUCAUCAGCUGGACUGUCGAGACAAAGAGACAAGUGAUUCAAAUCAAUGACCUCACCAUCUACCUCCUGGACCGCAACUCGGCCUACAACUACUGGGCUCCAAUUCUCCCCACUGGCAAGAACGGCAACUUUGGUAGCUCAAUCAUGAAUCCCGAUGCUGUCAUCAUUAAUGGCCCCUACCUUGUCCGGUCUGCUGAUGUGUCGGACUCCACGCUCAACAUCCAGGCCGACUUCAACAAGACGGCUGAGUUUGAAGUCAUCGGUGCACCCAAGGGUGUUAGCAAGCUCUCCAUCAAUGGCAAGACCACCAAGUUCACCAAGUCCAAGCAGGGCAACUGGUUGGCCAAGCCCAGCAUCACCUUCCCCGACUUCAAGCUGCCCGAUCUCAAGUCUCUGGACUGGAUGUCCAUGGAUUCCCUGCCCGAGAUCCAGCCCGGCUACGAUGACUCCCUGUGGACCCGCGCCCAGAACUUUACCCGUAACUCUGCCUGGCCGCUCAGCACGCCCGUGUCUCUCUACGGCGGCGAUUACGGCUACAACACGGGCACGCUGCUCUUCCGCGGCCGUUUUAACGCCACUGGCAGUGAAAACAGCCUGUUCCUACGCACCAUGGGCGGUCUCGCCUUUGCCAGCAGCGUCUGGCUCGACGGCAAGUUCGUCGGCGCCAAACUCGCCCAGGCCGACAAUGAUGCCGCCAACUCGACCUACACGAUCCCCCAGCUCGACCCAGGCACGCUCCACGUAUUGACGAUUGUGGUUGACAACAUGGGCCUCGAUGAGGAUUUUGUCAUUGGCGACGAGGACAUGAAACACCCCCGUGGCAUUCUCUCGUACAGCCUCACCACCAGUGCCGGCCACCAGACCGACAUUUACUCGUGGAAACUUACCGGCAACCUCGGGGGCGAGGACUACAAGGACCACUUCCGUGGGCCCCUCAACGAGGGUGGUCUCUUUGCCGAGCGGCAGGGUUACCACCAGCCCAACCCGCCCAAGGACAAAUUUUUCAACAAGACGCCCUUUGAGCAGCACGACGGCGCCGGCAUCCAGUUCUACACGGCCAAGUUUCUGCUCGACCUUCCCGCCAAGGAUUAUGACAUCCCGCUGUCCUUUAUCUUUGACAACUCGACCUCGACAGAGCCCUACCACGGUUUUCUCUAUGUCAACGGCUUCCAGUUUGGCAAGUACAUUAGCUAUCUCGGCCCGCAAACCAGCUUCCCCGUGCCCGAGGGCAUUCUCAACUACGCCGGAGAUAACUGGGUCAGCCUGGCCGUGUGGGCGCUGGAUACGGCCGGCGCGGUUGUGCCGGGUCUGUCAAUGUCGGCACGCCAGCCGGUGCUCACGGGCAGACAGCCGGUGGAGCUGGUAGCCUCGCCAAAGUGGGUGAAGCGAUCAGACGCGUACUAG